AAAGAAAUAAAAUGCACUCGGAGACCGUACGACCUUCCCCGCAAUCUGGGGUUUUUUAUUUACUCCUCGCCCUUCCGCCAUUAAAGAACUAUAUUCCCUAAAUUGCCCUUUUUUCAUCCAAUGAAUCCCUCUUCUAAACCCUAAUUCCAAGAUUCCCGUUCCAUCUCGAAAUUUGGUUUCUCUUUCUUUGAUGUUCCUCCCCGCUAUCGAAUCGAUGUCGACCGUCUGAUCUCCGUGUGGCCGGAUAUGGACGGAACUCAUGGCAACAGCAGUAACAUCCCGAACGCGAACGCCCCCCCGCCGUUCCUUAGCAAGACAUAUGACAUGGUGGACGAUCCGUCGACGGACGCGAUCGUCUCCUGGAGCGCCGGGAACAAUAGCUUCGUCGUGUGGGACCCGCCGGAGUUCCAGAAGGUUCUUCUGCCCAAAUACUUCAAGCACAAUAACUUCUCCAGCUUCGUCAGGCAAUUGAAUACAUACGGUUUCAGGAAGGUUGAUCCAGAUCGCUGGGAAUUUGCAAACGAGGGCUUUCUAAGAGGUCAGAAGCAUUUGUUGAAGACUAUAAGCAGGCGAAAACCCAGUCAUGUACAUAGCCAACCGCAACAACCCCAAGGACAAAAUGCCUCAGUUGGGGCAUGUGUUGAGGUGGGGAAAUUUGGGCUUGAGGAAGAAGUUGAAAGGCUUAAAAGAGACAAAAACGUUCUUAUGCAAGAACUAGUCCGGUUGAGGCAGCAGCAACAGACUACAGAUCACCAGUUGCAGACCUUAGUGCAGCGCCUCCAGGGGAUGGAGCAGCGGCAGCAGCAGAUGAUGUCUUUCUUGGCAAAGGCCAUGCAGAGUCCUGGGUUUUUGGCGCAGCUGGUGCAGCAGAAUGAUAGCAACAGGCGCAUUGCUGGAGUGAACAAAAAGCGGAGACUCCCAAAACAGGAAGAUGGCUCUGAAGGCGAAGAAAACGCUUCUGCUCCAGACGGGCAGAUUAUUAAAUACCAGCCUCUAAUGAACGAAGCAGCAAAAGCCAUGCUCAUGCAAAUACUGAAGACCAGCGCAUCUCCAAGGCGCGAAACCUCAAAUAAUUCCGACAGUUUUUUGAUCAAUAAUGUUCCCUCACAAUCCGAGUCCCUGGGCAAUGGAGGCUCUUCAAGUCGGAUCUCAGGAGUAACACUUGCAGAGGUACCACCACCUUCGGGGAUUCCAUAUUUGCCCAGCACCUCAGGAUUUCCCAGCAUUCGCCCAUCUGCUGCUAUAUCCGAGAUCCAAUCUUCCUCCAACGUAUCAGAAAUGGUGACAACAGCCCCCAUGCCAGAUAUGUGUGUUCUAUCUGGAGUGCAAGAAUCCAUUGCCCCACCAUCAACAGAUAUUGGUAUUCCUGACUUCCCUGACAUGCAGGGAAUUGUAGUGGAAAGCAGCAUGGUUGAUAUGCCGAGUGAGGGAUUCAUUGUGCCUGAUGCAGCGAGCAGUUUCAUUGAUCCUAUGUCUGUGGGAGUGGAUGGGACAAUGCCCAUAGAAGGUGAAAUUUUUUCUGGUGAUGCCAACAUCGAUAGCUUAUUCGAUGAGGUCCCUAGGCUUCCUGGCAUAAAUGAUUCUUUCUGGGAACAAUUCCUUUCUGUGAGCCCACUUUCAGGCGACACAGAGGAGCUUGAGUUGGGCACGCAAGAAGCGAAUGUGAAAGAAGCAGACAUGCAAGAAGGAAAGGAAAAGGGAUGGGAAAAAGCUCAGAACAUGGAUCAUCUCACAGAACAGAUGGGGCUUCUUACAUCAGAUAGCAAAGGCUAACAAUGUAUCAAAUGUGUAUCUUUUGGUUUCGCUUACUCGAGGCAAUCAAAAUACUCUGCUAUAGUUUUCUUCUCACUAGAGUGCUGUAUGACAACUAGCAGUUGGAAGGCAAUCUUCCGCACCGUAUCUUACACUUGCACAUGUGGAGAUCCUCACACGAGCCUAAAUUUUUUCCAGCUGAAGCACAAGGGAGGCAGCAUGAGUAUCUGUUAGAACCCUUAUAUGGCGUAAGGCAUUCCCUUUGCAUUUCAUGCUUUGUUUAGAGCAGCUUUUGUUUCUAGAGGAAGGUUUAAAGAUUGGUCGUAUCAUAUCGUCCAUGAGUGAUGCCUGAUAUGUAUCAGACAAUACACCUAAGUUUUGCACAGUAGUAGUUGAAGACCCCACGAAAUGCAAGGCAAAAUAUAUUGUUGGUUUCAGGCAAUACUUCAAACUGAAUCUGAUACAUAUGGGCUCAUGAAGUUGUUUGCACCCA